UGCACACCCCCUGCUCGGGCGGGCCCCUAAGCAAGCAAGGGUGGAAGGGGAAUCUUUGAGCUCUGGGUAGCCGAUCUGGACCAGGGGUCGGCCUCCCAGUCUUAGUCCAGAUUGCUGGCCGAAGACGCCUCGCCUUUUGCCCCAUGCAAUGCACCGCCUCCCUUAGCGCGAUGCAACGGGCCGGGGGAGGAGGAGGAGGAGGAGCGGCGGCGGCGGCGGCGGCGGCAGCAGCAGCAGCUGCGGCAGCGGCAGCAGAGCCCGGAGGAGGCAGUGGGAGAGGAGGUGGCAACGGCGGCGAGGCGGUUGCAGCAGCCGCGGCCUCUUACCGGGUGCUGAGUCGCCUGCUGGGCUACGGCGGGGCAGAGUCAGCCGCAGCCGGUUUGGCGCUGGGCAGAGCCGUCGGGGAGACUGCUGCUAUUGCAACUCGGGAUCGCGGAAGGGCGGGCGGGCUGCGGGGCUCGCAGCUUCUGGUCUUCCGCCCUGGAGAAACUGGAGAGCCGUCGGCGGGCUCCCCGGCCGGCUGUCUGCCGCCGCCGCCGCCGCCACCGCCUCAGCCGCCGCCGCCGGAGCUCCUGUGCGCCAGGCACCGGUGUGCUCUCUUGGAUGCGCCGAAGGGCGAGCCGGGAGGGGGACGAUGCUGGAGCGGAGCGGCGGGCGGCCUCCUUUUCCCCCCGGGAGCCGGCCUGGAGUUACAGCUGGCGGCCCUGGGGCUCCAUCAGGCGCCCCCGACGGUGCUAGGAGGGCUGGGCAAGCCUUCCGGGGAUUGCCUCUGCAUGAGCCUCUUGCCUCAGCCGGCGAUGGCCCCGCCGCCCACUCUGCCCCUGUUACCCCCGGGGGAGGAGACCAGCGACGCCCUGCUGGUGCUGGAAGCUCUGGGUCCUGACGAGGAGGACGAAGAGGAGGCGGCUGCAGGGCAGGCGGAGCCCUCCAGCACCGCCAGUACGGGGAGCAGCCGCGUUCAGUUGCCCGCUGCAGCCUUCCCGGUGUUUGCUGCUGCUGCUGCUCCGGCAGGCCUGCCGUCCGCCGUCGCGACCCCCCGCCCCAGCUCCUCUGCCCCCUCCAGGAAAGGUUCCUUGAAGGUUCGCCUGAGCCGCCUUUUCCGCACCAAGAGCUGCAGUGGGCCGUCCUGCAACCCCGGGGCUGCAGCUGGAGCACGCCGGAUCGGAGAGAGGGAACUGCUACAAGCCGCUGCCACCCCAGCUCCCUCGGGCACGGCAGGAAGCCUUCCCGAUGUGUCUCAGCCUGGGUACCGGGAGCAGGACUCGAGCAGAAAACAAAGAUUGAUGCGAACACAAAGUGCCUUUUCUCCAGUUGCUUUUGGUCCCCUCUUCACAGGUGAGACAGUAUCAUUGGUAGAUGUGGAUAUCUCUCAGCAUGGCCUGACAUCCCCGCAUCCUCCAACACCUCCACCUCCUCCACGGCGAAGCCUCAGCCUUCUGGACGACAUCAGUGGGACACUGCCUACAUCUGUCUUAGUGAAUCCGAUGGGGUCUUCAUCCCUCCAGUCUUUUCCUCUGCCUCCACCACCUCCACCACAUGCCCCUGAUGCAUUUCCCCGGAUACUCCCAAUCAGAGCAUCUGAAGCGGUACACAGUCAACCUGCACAGCACCUUCAGUGCCCCCUUUAUCGGCCUGAUUCAAACAGUUUUGCAGCUAGCUUGCGAGAGUUAGAAAAAUGUGGAUGGUACUGGGGCCCCAUGAAUUGGGAAGAUGCUGAAAUGAAGCUGAAAGGGAAGCCGGAUGGAUCGUUCCUGGUUCGUGAUAGCUCUGAUCCUCGCUACAUUCUGAGCCUCAGCUUUCGAUCACAGGGUAUCACCCAUCACACUAGAAUGGAGCAUUACAGAGGAACCUUUAGCCUUUGGUGCCAUCCGAAGUUUGAGGACCGUUGCCAGUCUGUGGUGGAGUUCAUUAAACGUGCUAUCAUGCAUUCCAAAAACGGAAAAUUCCUUUACUUCUUGCGAUCGAGAGUGCCAGGUCUCCCUCCAACUCCUGUCCAACUUCUCUAUCCAGUCUCCAGGUUCAGCAAUGUCAAGUCGCUACAGCACCUCUGUCGCUUCCGGAUAAGGCAGCUGGUCCGCAUCGAUCACAUUCCAGAGCUCCCACUCCCCAAGCCUCUGAUCACCUACAUUCGCAAGUUCUACUACUAUGACCCUCAAGAGGAAGUGUAUCUCGCACUGAAGGAGGCCCAGCUGUUCUCCAAACAGAAACAAGAAGCAGAUUCCUCAACGUAGUGAGAGCCCCGCCUAUCAUGCUGCUGUCACCAAUGGAAUUGGGUCUCCAGUAUCCUGCAGCUGUGGGAGCUGCAUUGGAAAGGACUCCUGGUGUUUCCUUUCUGGCUGUCUUGGAUCUCCAGAAAAGGGUCCAGGGCUUGAACAGAAGCACAGCUGUGCACAGAAACGGGUGCCCAUGACCCCACCUGGUUCCAUAAAGACAUUGGGAUCCACUGAAGCUGGACCACAGGCUCCUGGAAGGAUGAAGAAUGUUAUUUUUCUUGUUAAAUUUCUAUUUUUGGGGUGCUUUUUUUUCUUUCCAUGUUUUCCAGCAUGGGAAAUAGUGAGCCAGUUUUACAUUUUGUUUACCUGUUGGCAUUUGGGGAUGGGGUGGGAGUGCCACCAUCUCCAAGAUUUAAUGAGCAAAACCUGCCCCCUGUUCCAGUGUCUUUAAGAAUGCUGCUUUUGCAAAAAAGGUCUGAACUCAAGCUGCAUUUGGCUGUGUAAAAUAGUUGCAUUGGGAGUGUUGAGCUUUUCUUCACUGGAAGUAUAUCAGCUGGAGCUGGAUGCCUGUCUCUCAUGGAAUUGCAUGGUGGGUCCUGCCCUAAGCAGAGAGUUGGGCUAGGUAUUCUCCAAGAUUCAUUCCAACUCUGGAAUUCUGGGGGGUCAGAAUUUGGGUUGUUGGGACAGGGAGGCAAAGAAUAGCGAGCCGAAGUACAACUUCUUGCUCACUUAAGAAAAGCUUGAUAGCUUUUUGGGGGGUGGCGGGGUGGGAAGGUGCCAGAAUAUAAGUCUGAUUAAGCAAUGGAAAAUUAGCCAGAUUGGGGGAAAUUGCUGUUGCCUUCUGUUUGAAUGCAAAUGGGACACGGGUAGCAUUGUGGAAUGUUUCCACAGCAGAUGCCAUCAGCCAUUUGAAAAUGGACGGAUCUCUCUCACAUAUUUUUUAUUUUAUUUUGCCUUUCCUCCCACUGUUAUUAACACUGGAAUUCAUCAAAGCAGUAGCUGUUGUAAAAGCAUCGGUAUAUCCCCAUUAGGCAGAAAUGAGUAUGCACCAAAUAGCUGAAGUCAGUCCUGGUCCUGCAGAUGGGGUUUCAUCCUGUUGCUCUCAAGAAUGGCAAACCAAGAUAAGCCAGCAAACAAGUUAAGGCUUAUCGAGCAAAAAGAAAUGCCUCUGGGACCUUUUUGAUGUGAGGCAGCAAAUUUUGAAGCACCUUAGUCCCAUCUUGCUUUGAGGAUGGGAGGGAAAGGGAAGUCAGGAGCAGGAAUUCCUGAUUCCCACUUUUUCCUCCCCCAAGCCCAGAAAAUCAUUUUUGUAAGAAAGAUGCUCUACCUACCAGUCUUUAUAAGAAAUCCAAAUAUUUCAACAAAGGAAUAUUGUGUGCUCUUUUAAUGGUUUGUUAUAAGAGCAAGAUACGGAUUUUGCCCUAGCAAAACUCAAACUAUCCCACUGUUGUUUAGAAGUAACUGCAACACCCAGGAAGUACAUUGCCCUCUUUAUAUGUGAUGAAUCUCUUGCAUAUGUAGCUUAAGGUACUUGGUGUAAAUUUCUUGGUGACAUUUUUGAAAGCUGUGAUAACUUAAUAAUUUAUUAUAAUUUAUUUAUUAUUGUUAUUAGUUUGAAAAGCUUGUUCCAUAUUCCCCAGUCAAUUUGUCUUGAAUUCAGCCCCCGUUCCCAGAAGUCUGAAGUGUCGCAUCCUGCCUAGAGCAGAUGGUGAGGUUUUGUAAUCAUGGAAUCUGUAGAAUAUUCAUAUGCAGGAAGUUUAAAGUGGAUGGCUAGUAAGUUAUCUAAAAUUGAGUCUUGGAAAAAGCGUGAUUGUAUCUGUUAAACACAUUCAGGUUCUAGAGGAAGCUGCACCUCUGUUCCGCCCAUUAGAACAUUGGUGCUUCAAGACAGAUUCCAGAAUUUAUUUCUGAUUAUUACUUGGGCAGCACUUCCUCCCUUCAGUGGAUUUCUCCCCUCAGUUGUUGUUCUCCCGAUUCUGUUCUGAACCCUUCCGUCUUAACUGAUGCUACGUUUACUGACUGGCAUCCACCUGAACUGUGCCCUAUCCCCAGAGAAGCAUUGUCUCUUCCUGCCCAGUUUUUAGGUUUAUGAAAUAAGUGAAUUGAAGAGGCACUGAUCCAUUGGAGUGCUUCCCUGAGUAUCCAUUGGCUCAUGAUAGUUCCCACAGCAGCCAAGAUACUUGUAUUAGGGGCGAACCUAUGAAGGUGUUGGGUCUGUCUUAUAGUAGUAGAAUAAACUGCAUCCUUGAAAGUCAUUCUGGUACACUGGAAGAAAACCAUGCCUCCUCUUUCCCCCAUUUUAGAACACAUGGAUGUAGUGACUUUGGGACUGUAUCCAAUUAGCAUCAAAGAAGAGCAUACUUGAACAGAUUUGUUACUUGAAACUAAAACAUUUCCAGGUAGGAUUGAAUCUUAUCCAGGAAGACAACCCCUCACUCCCCCAAAAGCCUCUUCCUGGGUGAACAUUUUCAAAUAUAACAAUACACUGCAAAUGUAACAAUAUACUGAAAAUUUCUAUGAAUUCUCAUGCCUUAGAAUAUGUGACUGCAAGGGAGUGUUUAAAGGUGCUGGAUUUUAGUCGUGGGUAACAGGUGAAAGAGGGUCAAGAUUUCGCUCUUGCCCACAUAAAACUUUCUGGCUCUUUGGAUAACAGAUGAGCUGCUCUCAUGGUCACAGCUUAAUCCUCGCUCAUUGUAAACACACUGUUUAUAUCUUGCUUAAAAUGGCAAGCUUCCAGCUAUGGAGUGGACUUGGAGAUUUCUUUGGUUUUCCCUCAUGUUUGGUUCAAGUAAGAGCUGAGAUCAAAAGUCCCAAAGUCCUAAGGUCUGCACUUGCUUUGAUGGUGGGGAAAUGUUUCUUAAAAUCUGGUUCAAACACGCACAAACCAUGUGCCAGUGAUAGGCACCCUCUUUCUGCUGCUGGCCACCUGCCAUUUUGUUGAACUGAACUUCUCUAAGAUUCUGUUACUGACUACUGAGUAGCAAAGGCCAAUCGUGUGUAAAUAACUCCUGGAGAGCCAUUUGGCUUUGUUUGGCCAUUGUUACAUCCAUGUUAGGUCUGCUGUAAUGUUUUUCUGUGAAAGAAACUUCUUUGUGUCUCUUUUUUAAAUACCUCCCCUGUGGAAGCUAUUUGACCCAUUCUGUUGGAAAGCUGUGAAUGACUGGAUGAGUGUUAUGCCAAGAGAAGUAAAUUCUGCACUGUCGCCUUUUGGGUGGUCUGCCUUUGACUGAACCUUUGCUUGGGCAUUUUCUGAUGUACCUUGUGGUACUACAUCAGUACAAUGGUCAUACAAGAGAUGAUGGAGGGACUACUACCCAAGAACAAACUGGUUGCAUUUGAAAUCUCACCUAGAUUUAUGGAUUUUUAAAAAAAAUAUGUAUUAUUUUCAGGUGGGACCUAAGGCUUUCUCAACAGGUCAUCUUCCUUGGGGAAAUGACAGUUCUCCUCUGAGAAGCCUCUUUCUCUGUCCUUUCCUUUUUUCCUUUUUCAAAUUGUGGCACAAAUAGUAUUCUGUCCCUGAAAAGUGAUACGAAAAAAGCCAAUUCAAGUUGCCUUCAUUCUUUAAAUUUUACAUUACCAAAGGAGUUUUUAAAAACAGGUUCACAGGUCUCUGCAUGAUACAGAGUGAAAAUAAAUUGUGACACUGUCUGCCCUGGGUGAGAGAUGCAGUCUUUUGUAUUGCUAAGAAUGCACAGAGCAAAAAUAGUUAAAAACAGAGCUUGAAGUAUUAUUUCUGUUCUUCAAAAGUGCUUUUUGAUUUCUGUUCCCUUAAAACAGCCUUGUUAGAUCUCUUUCUCUGUUUUAUUUCCUGAAUGGGAAGGUGAAAGAACGGUGAAUGACCUGCUGAACAGUACUCCAGUUCUCACAUGGCACUAAGCCAUGGUUUGUUUAAUUAUACUUUGAUGAGCAAGCCAUAAUUGGCUGCAUUCAUGCAUUAUACCAAGCCGUAAACCAGGGUUGGCAAAUCUCAUAGACUGUUUUCCCCUAAUGCAAUAAGCUGAAAUGAAUCCAUAUUAUGGCUGAGUAUUAGGGGAGAUCCUUGUCUAUAAAUCCAUGGUGGAUUCAAACAUAGAUGAUAGUCCAGCUUUCAACUGCCCUCUACGUUGGCUUGUUGGCCAAUGAAAUAAAUUUCUCUCCUUACUGAAAUGAAGUAAGGGUUUAGCUGUGGGAGUCAGAUUAUAACAUAUAUGAAGUUGUUAGUAACUUUUUGCAGACUUCAAACAAACUGCAUUAUCUAGUUCCACAUCUGCAAGUUUUCAUCUCUACUCCAUUCAUUGCUAUCCACAAAUAUGUAACCAGGGUUGUGGUUUAUUAGGUACUUAUAUAAUGUUUGGAAUAUUAAGUCCCAGGUUUACCAGUCCCCUUUGGCUGGUAAAUGAUGAUUAGCUAAUUCCAUUUGAAAGUGAUUCAGGACCUAAAUCAGCCUUCCUUGAUUUGAUCACCCCAGGAGUUCAUUCCAUUUCAAAUUAUUUCCAGUUGAGGAUGAUAGUAAUCUCCAAAAUACCUAGGAGGCACCAGGUUAAGGAGGGCUGACCUAAUGAAUCAGUGGAGUAGAGAUAUUGCAAAUUUGCUAAUAUAAGUACUAACUCAUCCAUUCUGUUUGAGGACAAUAAACAUUUUGCAAAUAGUUCCAAAGUUAUCUGGACUUUUCUCUGUUGAUACUACAUACUGGUUUAUAAGGCUGUAUGACACUCAUAUAAAAGCAUGUCAUGUAGCAGUGUCACCGCAGGGAGCAAUCCUUACAGAUUUUCUAUGACCUAAAAUAAAAGGGCACAUAAAGCUGCCAAAACAAUUAAAUCAGUGAGUUGAUUUAAAAUGUAAAACUGAAUGUAUAUACCUCAGUAACAACACACAAAAAAAGCUGGUGGUGUAUGCACGCAAGCUCAGUGUGACUCUAAGUCUUGCUUAUAUCUCCCAACAAAGUUUAUUUCACAAGGUACAACUUUACUGCAUUGUAAGAUGUUUCCUGAAUCUGUUUUGAUCAAUUUGCCUUUUUGUGUGCAUGUGUUUAAUUUAUUAAAGUAUUGCUAUAAUUUAUUUUCAGAAUUACAUGGCAUAAACAAAAAUGGAAUCCAGACUUGCAAGACAAUUGUAAAAGUUGUCUGGGGCUGGGAAAAAGGAAAGAAAAGAUGCUUUAUAAAAAUAAAUGCACUUUGGGUGUGUUCUAAGAAAUUUCUAAGGAAGGGGAAGGCUGUUUUAUGGACUGGGUUCUGAUUGGCCUUGUCUGUAUAUAUUGUAUCAAUAGGCACAUUUUUUGUUCCUCAUUUGGAAGCAUUGUAACUGCUGCAGAGUCCUGUCUGGAAAAUGGAUGUACUGAACUAUUUUGCCUCAAUUUUCUCCCUUGUUUCGGGGUAAAUUUUGUCAACCAUGGGAUGGAAUUUUGCCCUUUUCCUGUUUGUAUCUCAUUUCUAUUGUGGGUUGAUUUUUUUGUUCUUUUUGGCCUAUGGGUGUCUGUUUGACAGGGUUGGUGGGGGAGUGGAUUUUGAAAUAAAAUACUUAAAUAAUC